CUCUGACAUGCAAUAAAAUAUUUGGUAGAAGAUGGAGAGGAGAAAAGACACCGGCUUUUGACUUUGAAAUACAAAUACAUUGCACUUUUAAUGGAGGAUGACGUAUUUGACCGGUGAGGGCAAUAUCACACUCGACGAAAUCGCUGAUAUCAGGCUAGGGUUCUUCGCGCUCGACGAAAUCGCUGAUUGCUUGAAAUAUUUCAAGAAUUGCAUUGAGCGUGACAUGGAGAAUGAUGAUGAUUUCACCUUUUGUCAGGUUGGUUUACCUCUUGACCAAGAUGGUGUUAAGUCGCAGAAAGCUGUGCUUGAUAUUAGCGGUGUAACUAUAAAAGAUGAAUUUGCAGAUGGCACUGGUGGUUGUCAGAGAAGUGGUAUUCUGUGGAAAAACAAUUUUCCAAGUAAUGCCACCUCGAAGAAGCAGGCAACGGUUGGUUCUUUGUCUUUUAAUGUUAUUGAUACAUCACCUUUAAAACAAAGUAGUGAAACAUCAACACAAGCACCACCGGCAGACGCUGGAAGUUCAUCUAAGGUUUCACAGGAACAGAAGACUCCUGCAAAGAAGCCUGCACCACGGAAGAAGGUUCCUUUUGAGAAAGGGUAUAGCCAAAUGGACUGGCUUAAGCUUACCCGAACACAUCCUGACCUGGCAGGGUUGAAGGGGCAGUCAAACAAGAGGCUUAUAUCAUUGGCUGAAGUUAAACAACACCAAACAGAAGACUCCAUGUGGACUGUUCUGAAAGGCCGUGUUUACAAUAUAGCGCCAUACAUGAGAUUUCAUCCAGGAGGUGUUGAUCUACUCAUGAAGGCAGUUGGAAAAGAUUGCACGUCUUUAUUCAAUAAAUACCAUGCUUGGGUGAAUGCUGAAUUCUUAUUAGAGAAGUGCCUUGUGGGCACCUUAGAUGACAGUCGGUGAAGGGGACAACGUUUUCGGGGGAAAACCGAAAAGAGAUGCUCUGCUCAAUUCUUCAGACCAAACAUAUAUGGCUUAAAAGACACACUAUGAGAUCUACAAUUUUUAGACAAUACCAUUGUUGUACCAUUUGCUCAAUUCUUCAGACCAAACAUAUAUGGCCUAAGAGACACUAUAAGGUCUACAAUUUUUAGACAAUACCAUUGUUGUACCAUUUGCAAUAAUUUUGCUCUGGCAUUUGUUUGAUUUUGUACAAGAGCAACACCAGGAUAACAUAUAAAUAUAUCAUAUACAUAAAAUGUAUAUGAACAUACUUGUAUAGAAUAAAAUGCCCAUUUUUUGGACUUGUGCAACCA